AUGAAACCAUUAUCACUUAAAGGUCAUGAUCGUGCAUUAACCCGAGUACGUAUUAAUAGAGACGGCGACUUGCUGUUCUCAGCAGGAAAAGAUAAAAGUCCUUGUGUGUGGUACAUGGAGAAUGGUGAACGGAUCGGUACAUACGACGGUCACAAUGGUGUCAUCUGGGAUAUCGAUGUGUCUUGGGACACGCAACAUUUUUGUUCUGCUUCUGGUGAUGUAUUCGUCAAGUUGUGGAAUUGCGAAACAGGGGAUGUGAUAAAUUCAAUUUCAACACCAACGGCUGCGCGAUCCAUUAGUUUAUCCUACAGCGGGAAUUUGAUUGCUUUUACAACUAUAAAAAUGACACAGAAUGUGGCUUCACUAUGCAUAUAUGAUAUACGAGAUGGUUCACAAAUGAGUGGAGAGAAUCAACCAACAUUCAGGAAAUCGCUUCAGACGCAAGCCAAUUCCUGCGUUUGGACACACUUGGAUGACACCAUUUGUAUAGAGCAAGCAGAACGCUCUGUUAUAUUAUUAUCUUUACACAAUUCAUCUACAGGUAACGAAAAGGGAAACGUUCAUCAGUAUGAUAUACGCAAAGGAGAUGACAUUGUAAAUUUUAAUGACGAGGCUCACAAGUUUCAAAUUAAUGAUAUGCAAAUGAGCACUGAUGAAAGUUUCUUGAUAACUGCUUCCAAAGAUAAAACAGCUCGCCUAUUUGAUGCGAGGACUUUGGAUUGCUUAAAGACAUACAAGGCUGAACGUCCGGUUAACUCAGCAGCUAUCUCUCCUCUGAGAGACCACGUUAUUCUGGGUGGUGGAGAAGAAGCAAUGAAAGUAACUCAAACAACAGCUGCUUCUGGUCAUUUUGAAGCGAAGUUGUAUCACUUGGUGUUUGAAGAAGAGUUUGCCCGUUUCAAAGGGCAUUUUGGUCCAAUCAAUACUCUGGCGUUUCAUCCAAGUGGCAAUUGUGUAGUAUCGGGUGGUGAGGAUGGUUACGUUCGUAUUCAAGAAUUUGAUGCAGAUUACUUGAAAUUUGACUAUGAUUUCUGA